AUGGCUACUACCUGGAUUGGGCGUUCCACGAUACCCAGCACUGCUACUCGGUGCCAUUCGAUCAUAUUCAGGAAGCUACCCGACGGCGGCCAUUUGGUCCUGUACGAAGAAACUGAGUGCCAAGGCAAGUACUACAAGGUCGCUGCGACGCCGCGCGGGACGCUCAAGUACAAGGACGGAGGGUUUGAGAUCGGCGUUUCGUCCUUCAUGGUUUGGUCGUCGGGGAUAUACGCCACGAACGGGUUGACCAAUAUCUGCGAGGAUCACGACACAGAGAGGCUUGCGAUCAACUCGACUGCUAGCGUACUGGACAAUGCUGGGCGUUGA